UUUUGAAGUUUGUCAUCGUACGUGUGUACCGGUUGAAGGAGUUCCCUCCAUUUCUUAUCUUGUGCGCGUGUGAAUUGUGUCUUAUUACGAUCUACUGUUUCUCUUAAAUUAAUUUUAAUCCACUGUUGGUUCUCAUUUAAACCAUGGCUUCAUUUACGAAUAAGUUAAUGAAUAUUGAGAAUGAAAUCCACUCAGAUUUCACUAAAGAAUUCUCCAACCUUAAUUUGAUUGAUGUACGCAGCAAAAAUGCCAUGUUAUUGAAACUCAUCGCCAACCCAAAAUCUGCAGAUGCUACUAGUGUGAUUGAAGGUAUGCUGAAGGAAUUCAAAAUAAGAAAUCAAGAGGCUGGACCCAAAUCAACAAAGAAAAAGGCUUCUGAAAAGGAAAAUAUUGAUAUUAAUGCAACAAACAACACCAAUAACACAAAUCAAUCCUCACAAAUCAUCACAAAUAGCAACUUGAAUUCAACAAAUAAAAAUGAUGAGACAUUUGAAUCUGGCCGUCCACGCCGUCAAGCAUACACACAUGCAUCUGAAAGACUGACGCAACAAGUGAAUGUGUCCUUAAAGGACAAAAUUCGUCGGGAUGUAAAUAUCAAAACUGAACGCAUUAGUGUAGCUUCUUCGGAAUCAAUUCCAGUAAAAAAUGUAAAACAGGAACCGAUUGAGAUGCCACCGCCAGCAGCCUUACCCAAGCGUGGUGGUCGUAAAAAGAAGGAACCCACCAUCAAAGUCGAACGAGCCAGCACCCGUACAACACGCAUGCGAAAUACAAACGUCCCAGCAGAAGUGGACGACAAUGCAAACAUGGACUCUGAUGUGGUUUUGGUGCAAGAUAAUAUUGCAACCAUAUCACUCGACAGUGUUGAUGAAGAAGUAAUCCCGACUGAAGAAGAGCUCGAAGUCGACGAGGCAGUUGAAUCAGCAACUGAAUCGAAAACAGAUUCUCCACCUGCAUCUGCAAACAAGAAAAAGGCGCGUAGUCGGCAGAAGACUGAAUCAGCGACGCGAACUAAGAAAACAUCGAAGCGAUCCAGAAGUCCAUCAUCCGAAACAAAGAAAACUACGAGUCGGACAAGGCGUAGCAAAAGGAAGAAGUCUACUCCUAGUAAAUCCACUGAUACAUCAUUGUAUGAGGAUGCUGUGGAACCUCCGGCGGGUGAAAUUAUCCCUGCGGAAUCACCAAAACAUUUAGAACAUGAUGAUGAAAUUGUCGUUCAAUUACCGACUGUGGCAUUGGAUAGAUUGAGCAAGGAUGUUUUAUCCAGUAUUGAGCAUAAUCCGAAUGCGACAAUCACCAUUUCAAAAACAGCCAUCAUGAAUGAGACGGUUACGAUUCAAGCAGGUAAUCCGUCAGGUCAUCCGACCACGAUGGUGUUGAAUUCUACUGUUACAAUAUCUAAGCCUACACAGAAAGAAACACUGCCGACUGUUGAUGAUAUCAUGACUGAUGAUGAGUCGGAUAUUGAGGAGAAACCACCGGUGCCUGUAACUAAAAAAGUCGGCAAACAGUUGUUUAAUCCAUUUGAGAACAGUCCGGUGAAGAAAAUGGAAGCGUUUGAGAAACUUGGCGCUAAAGCUGUUGAACCUACAACUACAAGAGUAACCAGGACUAAAUCACGACAGAAGGCCAAGGCAGCCGAGGAAGCAAAGAAACUCGAGGAUGACACUGAUGAGAGUCCUACAGCGGGUAAGACUAAAAUCCCCGGUUUUGUUACGCCCGUUGCUUCGAAUCGUGCUUUACCGUCGAUGACUUCGGGCAAGUCGAAUUUGUCAAGUAGCGCGCAGAAAGCGCUCAGUGCUAUUAAAAUGUCCACCCAACACUUUAGGGACUACGAGCAGAAGCGUAAGGAAAAGGAAGCCGAGGCACAGAAGAAAAAGGACGCGUAUUUGCUUAAAUUAUCAGAGGAUAAGCGUCGCAAGCGUGAGGAGAAAGAGCAGAAAGCAAAGUUGCAACGUGCUGCGCUUGAGGAGGAAAAGAAGCGCGCUCUUGAGCAACAGUUGGCUAGGGAGGAGAGGCACAAGCAGCAGCUUCAAGAGAAACAAGAUCGUCUUAAUAAACAGCGGGAGGAUGCCGAAAAGCGACGUAUUCUUGCCAAGCAGAAGCAUGAAGAGUUGAAGAAAGAGGAGGAGCGUAAGCGUGCUGAUGAAUUGCGCGCGUUGAAGAAACGAGAGGAGGAUGAGAAGCGAAAGGCUGAGGAGGAUAAGCGGCAACAGGUGUUGAAGGCGCGCCAGAUACAGAAGGAACUUGAGAUGGCCGAGAGGCAACUGGCGUCGUUGCCGAAAUCAGUAGAGCCGCUGUAUAUGACUCAGAAGGCGCCAUUGAUGCCCACGCCCGAUUGUUAUGAUUCUGACGAUGAGGAUGCGCCUAAGAACAUCAAGUUGCAGCCGUGGAACUCACGGGAGGCGUUGCAUCCACGCUUACGUGCGAUGAGCUUCAUCGAUGCAAAGGUAAGCAAUACGUUGUUCUGUGUCAAGGCGCAGACGCCCAACUUGCAGGAGUUGUUCCCGAACUUGGAUCCGAAGAAACUGCGAAGAAAUUCCAGUGCCAUUUGGAAACAGGCGCCCAGGUUCACCAUGAUGCCAGAAUUAAAUGAAGAUUUCUGAGUUAGUAAGUUGUGUUCUGGUGGUCUGCAUAAUUCGCUCAUUUUUACUGUGCGAAUGACCUGAAAGCAUAACAUAUUGUUAUGAAGUAUAAGUGUGUCUAUUUUAUAUGUAAUUUUUAUUAUUAUGAGAAGUUGCAAAUGCUUCCUUCUUUUUAUCACUAAAAUAAAACAGAGAUUUAAAAAUAA